AUCACUCAAUUCCUCUAUAAGAAAAGGGAGAGAAAAAGUUUGUAAGUUGAUUACGUUUUCCUUUGAUCACAAUUUUUUAAUUAAUUUUAUCAGUAAAAAAUUAUGAUUUACCUUACCCUACUAAAUGAAAAUCACAUAUAGGGAGUUAAAAUGUACACGUAUUAAAUUUCCUCAUUCUUAAAGAAUAAAGAAACUCAAAAUAGCACUUUUCGACAAUCCGAGAGAGAAAGAAGCAAGAUUACAGGAAACACACAAGGCAUCUAUAAACGGAAGUAUUUUUCUACUGUUGCAACGUUAAUAGCUGAACGAUAUGCUCAUCAGUUUAAGAGGCAAAGCUGUAGCUGUAUCCACAUUUCAGGUUCAGGGUUUCAAAUCCCAAUUCGUUUAUUCAACAAGCGCUACACCUGCCCCGACCCAUUUCUUGGUGAAAUACCUGGUUGAUUCUCUAGGAUUUUCCAAACAAGAAGCAACCUCUACAUCUUCCAAGGUAACUUCAUUAAAAACCUUUAAGAAUCCCGAUUUAGUCCUCAAUUUCUUCGUACAAAGUGGUUUGGACAAUACCCAGAUUAAAAGAAUAGUUUCUAGAGAACCCACAUUGCUAUUACGUGAUGUUUCCAAAAUCCUAAAACCCAAAUUCCAGUGCCUUAUGGAUCUUGGGUUAUUCGGGUCGGACCUGGUGAAUGUAAUUGCUAAAGAUACAACAAUUUUUGAUCGAGGUUUAGAUACUCAUUUGAGACCUACCAUUGAUUGUCUUAGGAAAACCUUGGGCACUAAUGAAAAUGUAGUUAAGGCUAUAAAGAAAACUCCUUGGUUGCUUUCUUUUGGUGCUCAUCAUACUAUUGAGGCUAAUGUAUUAUUGUUGAAAAAAGGUGGUGUUUCUGAUGUGAAGCUAAAAACACUUGUGCUUAGAAAUCCUAGGUAUAUUAUCCAAAAGACUGAGUGGGUUAAGGAUUUGUUGCAUAGGAUGGAGAAGGAUUUCCGAGUUCCGCUUCACUCUCCUAUUUUUCCUUACGGAUUUCAUACGUUAGCCUGUCAAAGGAAGUCCACAUUGGAAAGAAAGAUUGGAAUUUUCAAGAGUUUUGGAUGGUCUGAUAAUGAUAUACUCGAGAUGUUCCGGAAGCUACCGCUUUGUUUUACUCAGUCAGAGGUUAGAAUUAAGAAAGCAUUGAACCUUUACAUGAAGGAGCUUGGUUCCGGACCUGCUUACUUAGCUUCUCAUCCUGCAAUUUUGGUCUAUAGUCUGGAAAAAAGGGUGGUACCUCGGAUGCAAGUCUUGAAAAUUUUGGAUGAAAAGAAGCUUAAGAGGAGAAAGUGGAGUCUUUAUCCUGUGCUGAUGUUAACAGAGUCAAAGUUCAUAGAGUAUUUUGUGCUGCCCUACAAGGAUCAGAUGCCUGAUCUGUAUGAACCACACAUGAAAACUGUGGCUCCUUAACAGUUAUGUUUCUUGCCUAUGGAAUAGUUUACAUAGCGCCAACUGUCAUUUACUCAACUCCACACCGUUGGUUGAGCACCGUGGAAUUACUUGUUCUGUACUACACUUUGGCUAACAGUUUGGUGCCUAGGUAUGAGGUCAUUAACGUCUUGAAUAAUAAAAAGUUUGCUGCCUGGAUUAAGUUGAAUCUCUGCACUGAUAUGUGCUUUUGUCUGAAUCAAAGUUUAGUGUGAAAUUCAUUCUUUUCCCAGAGAAAGAAGAUGUUUGGUCGGAUCAAUUGGUCUUCUGGCCCAUUACAAAUUUGUUUUAUGCCAAAUAUCCCAAAAGAACUGAAUAUGAAAUGCAAGAGAUCUAGUUUCUUCUAUUUAAAUUGUAAAGGGUUAUGUUAAACCAUUUUCGCUCAUAUUAUAUGUGGAGCCAUUUGAAAUCAUCAUACUUGUAUUGAUUAAUCUGUGCUAUACUUUCAUCUA